AUGAGCGCACGAACCACCACCACCACCACGUCAACAACACGUCUCAUCAAGACAUCCUGUAUCAUCGGCCUGACUGCAGUCCUCCUAGCCUUCUUCACCAACACCCACUCUCAUGCCUACGCCUACGGCGGUCGGACAGAUUUUAUUCCAGACUAUGACCAUGAUGCCCGAGACUAUUAUCUUAUCCGUGCACAAUCGCCUCACCACCAACAACAACAACACCAUCAUCGCCACCACCACAGGCUAGGAACUGGAGCAGAACCAGACGACUAUGCGUGGACGCUACACGAGGACCAGCAGCGGGGGAUCGGCGACUUGUUGGGACUGCGGUUUGAGGCUGCGGUAGGGCAGUUGCCGGAUUAUUUUCUUUACAGCGCUCCGAAGCGGUUUGUUGAUGGACAGUCGUCCAACAGUGCGCCACAGAAGCAGAAGCGGGCAGAAGGAGGAAGAGGUGGUGGUGGUGGUGGGUUGACGAAGAGGUCAGUUAUCCCACCAGAGUUUGGCGGUCAUGCCUUGCAGUUCACGCCAAGUAUAGAUUCAAGGCCAGAACCAGAGCUUGAAGCCGUACAGGUUGCAGAAACAGACCCAAUCGUCGAGCGGUUCCAUGCCCUGAAGCUAGAAUACACCAAACGUCAGGAAGAGGCAGGAGGAGCAGGAACAGAAAUGGUAUCACUCCGGAAGGCAAAGCGCAACGAUCUGCAGGCAGAUAUUGUCCAAACCAUGGGAACCAUUGAACGACAAAAGCUUCGACGGCGCAAUAAGAAGAGGGCUCCGCUUCCUGAUUCUGAUCCCAGCUUACAACACUCAUCGCCGAAAGGGAGGGUACAGAGAGGGGGAGAGGCGAAAAGUCCAGUUCGUCGGGGUGGUGGAAAUAAUAGACCUGGACGACCCAGUGGUAGUGAACAGGAACAGGAACAGGAAGAGGAGGAGGUCGAGAGUGCUGCUGAGGAGGAGGAGGUUGCUGAAGAAGAGCAGGGACAGGGAGAGUCAGCGUCGGAUGAUGAAGGGGGUGAGGGGCAAGUAGGAGAAGAGAGCACGGAACAGGAUGAAGGAAGUGAAGGAUCUGAGGAGACCCAGGAAGAAGGGGAAGAGGGAGAGGGAGAGUUGGAUCCAGAGGGUGACCCCAAGGCCGAGUACCAGCCUGCAGGAGAAGAACAGCCCGAGGACGGGUUUGCGCAAAAGUUUGAUAUUGGCGAUCCUGGCAUUAAUGGCACGGGAGUGAAUGUGGCUAUCAUUGACGACGGUCUGGACUUGACGAGCGAGGAUCUUGCACCCAACUUUUUCAAGGAGGGAUCAUGGGACUUUAAUGAUCGGACCGCACUCCCGAUGCCAAGACUCGUAGACGACCAACACGGAACUCGCUGCGCAGGGGAAAUCGCAGCCGCCAAGAACGAUCUCUGCGGACUGGGCGUAGCCUACGGCGCAAAAGUAGCCGGGCUAAGGAUCCUCUCUGGCCAAAUCACAGAUGUCGAUGAAGCCGCCGCGCUCAACUAUCGGUUCCAGGAUAACCACAUCUAUUCCUGUAGCUGGGGUCCACCCGACGAUGGCCAGAGUAUGGAUGCGCCCAAGGGAGUGGUACUGGACGCGAUGAAGAAUGGGAUCAAGAAUGGGCGGUCAGGACUGGGGAGUAUCUUUGUCUUUGCGACGGGGAAUGGUGGGAGUCAGGACGAUGAUUGUAACUUUGAUGGGUAUACGAACAGUUUGUAUACUGUCAGUAUUGGAGCCAUCGACCGGGCGGGGAGACAUCCUUAUUACUCAGAGGCUUGCUCUGCACAGCUGGCUGUCACCUAUAGCAACGGAGGCGGUAGUGCCAUCUAUACAUGCGAUGUAGGAGAGCGCAGGUGCUUUGAUCAACACGGCGGUACUAGCGCGGCAGCUCCCAUUGCAGCGGGAAUGAUCGCCCUUGUCCUCUCAGUGCGUCCAGAUCUCAGCUGGAGAGACGUCCAAUACCUCGUCAUGACAACCGCCAUCCCCGUGUCAGUCGACGACCCUGACUGGACAAAGACCGCAGCCGGCCGAAUGUUCAACCAUAAGUUUGGCUACGGAAGCUUAGACGCCUACGCACUCGUCGAAGCCGCAAAGACGUUCCAAUCCCUAGGACCCCAGACAUCCUUCCACCCGGCUGCAAUCCCUGUCGGUCGCAAGAUCCCACAAAAUGCCAAGGGUGUGAUUUCUGUGUUGAAAGUGUCGCAGGAGGAUCUUUUGGCGGAGGGGGUUCGAUUGGGGACGUUGGAGCAUAUCACGGUGACGGUGAAUAUUGAGCAUGAACGGCGUGGAGAUGUGGAGGUUGUUUUGACGAGUCCGAAUGGUAUCGAGUCGAGACUUGGUGUCAGGCGGCGGUAUGAUGCUGCGACGACCGGGUUCCCCAACUGGACUUUUAUGACCGUCAAGCACUGGGACGAGAACCCAGUGGGCGAAUGGAAGUUGACGGUGCGCGAUCAAAACAACCCGGAGUUCGGCGGGAAGUUUGUGGACUGGAGGAUUCAGUUCUGGGGAGAGACCAAGCGUGAGGUGGCUAAUAUCAAAGCCAAGCCAUUGACGCCUACUUCUACAGGGGAUGAGGGAGACAAGCUCCUGAGUCAAACACAGUCCGGCGAUGAGAGUCAUAACCCUAAGUCCAACGAUGUGCCAGAGGAGGAAGGACCAGCAUCUCAGCAUUCAAAGCCACCCGCGGACAAAUCGGCCUCUGAGAGCAAGGUGAUCGUGGACCAGGACCCGACUGUACCCAAUAAGAUAGGCAACAAGGGCAAAGAGAACCUUCCCACGACAGAUCAUCAUGAAGGCUUGAACCCGGCACACGCAGAGAGCUUAGGAUUUGAGGCAGAUUCGGAGGAACAAGUUGCCUCCACCGUCCGUCGGACAUUGUACGCGUUUGUUGGUAUCAUUGGAGUCGGUGGUCUGAUUGCUGGUUACUUGACACGACACAAGUGGGACGGUCGAGGGCAGUAUGCGAGUGUCCGUGGCGGUGGAGAUGGAGGUGGUAGUGGAGGUGGUAGUAGUGGGGUUGGACAUUUGGGCGGCCGUAACUUUGUGAACGAUGAUGAUGAUAUCGAUCUCUUGCCACGGGGGCUUCGUCCAGGGCAGUCAGACUCGAGUUUCACGGAUUAUGAAGACGAGGAUGAGGAUACUACAAGUGGUGAUAGAGAGACGAGACAGCAGCACCGGCAGCAGAGGGGGGGAUUGGAGAUGGAAAGCCAGUUGUAUGGACGGGAGAGGGAAGAGCAACGGAGUGGUUCUGUAGACGAGUUUGAGGACGGGAGCGAUACGGACAACGAGGACUUUUUGUCGCAGUCUGUGAGAGGCGGCGAUGGUGGUUUGCUGAAGAGUAAUAAGAAGACAGCAUUGGGUGGGAGUCGGAUGAUGACACAAGCAACGUCUAGUCCUGCGACCCUGCUUGUCGAGCACGCGUAG